AUGACCUAUAUGACCGAAAAAACGGAAUUAGGAAAAUCAGAAUAUUCACUAAAUACUAAACAAGGCGGGGAGGCAUUAGAACUUUUAACUUCUCUAAAAGAAAAUAGUGUUAGUUUAGUUUUUUUAGACCCCCAAUAUGAGCCAGUGCGGAAUGUUUUAUCAGUUGAUUAUCCCUUAUAUUCCCAAAUAAAUAAAACUCUACUCGGCAAUGACCGUAUUCCUUUAUGGCUUUUAAAAACUCCCUCUUUAAAAAUUGUUGAUUUCUUGGUCUGGCACAAGAAAAAUACUCUUGGACUUGAGGAAGCAGUUUUAGCACCUAGUAAACGGAAGCAUCCGCAUCAGAAACCAAGAGAACUAAUAAAGGCUUUAAUUGAGGCGACUACUAAUGAAAAAGAUUUAAUAAUUGACCCUUGUGCGGAUUUAAUUACUGACUAUCAAAAUAUCAAAGAAGUAGAAUUAGAAUAUGAAACUAAUGAACGAGUUAUUAAUAUGGAGCAGUUAAAAGAAAUACCAAAAAAAGAGUUCUUACGAGAACUAAAAGAACGAGUAGAAAAGAAAAAAAUCAGUGAGGAGGAAAUAUUUAGCACUUUAAAAACUCCUGCUAAACCAGAAACAAUUACCGAAUAUAAAAAAGUUGACUACUCUAAACUAACCAAAGAGGACUGA